CUUCGACAAUACAUAAGUGGAUCUUGCUUUAACCAAUAUGCCAGGGUCCCCGCCAAUACCUGCCAAUACCUAACGUCCAAAGCUUGAGCUUGACUUCAAAUGUUCUUCUUCCUUUCCCACUAUUAUUUUUAUGUUUACUACUUUUAUGUAUCGUUGGCUAAGAACUUGAACAUUACAUACAUAGAACUUCCAGCAUUAAAAAAAAAAAAACACAACUUGCUAAAACAUACUACCUACCUAUCACCGCUAUUUUCCCUCUCUUAAAGCACUCAUAUCUAUAAUACCUCAUCUUGUCUUGUCUUAUCUAUAUUAUCAGUCUAUCCUAUUUUACUUUUAAUACCUGAAUAACCUCCCCCUUUUCACUAAUCAUGUUCAACUGGGCAAAGCAAACUUUGGCCAAUGUCGUUGGUACCGAGGAACCCAUCUAUGGCCCCUCAGCCAUAAGGUCCGUUGCCGAAGAUGCCAAGAAGACGCCCUAUACGGAGUUAACCAGGGACGACAUGAAGUGGGAGGCAAUGGAGUCGACCUCUGUAGAGACCCAAACCUUCUAUUUCAUGGCCGACGAUGGUCAUCUUGCCUUUUGCCAGGUCAUUUACAGUAAUGUCGUUGGCAUUCGAACGACAUCCCAGUUCAACUCCAAGGUCUUCUACACCGAUGGCAGGAAACCUCUAUGGAGCACAACGCCCUUGAACCACGUCGACUUUAGUGAAGACAAAUCUUGCUUCUUUGCCAAAGAUUGCGCCCUAGAACUGUCCGAGGAUGGGAAAUCGUAUACCAUUAAGUCUAUGAACGAUCCCCAGUCUAUCGUCAACCUCAAAAUUACCCGGAUAUCGCCGGGUUUUGUUGCUGGCAAGGAUGGCAAGACCUUAUAUGGAACGGAUUUAGAAAACCCGUGGGGCACCAUGCGGCACGCGUUCUGGCCGAGGUGUGUGACAGAAGGAAGUAUUAUGACCAAGGACGGCCCCAUCGACUUCAAAGGAAAGGGAUUUCUUUCCCACGCCUUACAGGGCAUGAAACCCCAUCAUGCAGCAGCCCGAUGGAACUUCGUCAAUUUUCAAGGACCAACCUAUUCAGCGAUCAUGAUGGAAUUCACUACGCCACCAUCGUAUGGAACCACAGUUGUGGGUGUUGGUGGGAUUGUUAAGGAAGGGGAGAUUAUUGCUGCCGGAACCAACUGUAGCGCCAAGCACCUCAAAACAAAGCAAGACACAGAGAACGACUGGCCUGAGCCGACCGAGGUCCGGUUUGACUGGGCUGGUGCUACCAAAGAUGGAAAGCCCGUGGAAGCAUCUAUCGAAGUCGUUCUUGGUAGCAGGAUUGACAGAAUCGAUGUCAUGGCAGAAGUACCUGGUUUUGUGAAGAAGAUUGUUGCUGGCGCGGCAGGAACUAAACCGUAUAUAUAUCAAUUCUAUCCCCACAGCACCCCGCUUGACCUCAAGAUCAAGAUCGGGGAUGAAGAGAUCAUCGAAAAGGGACGAUUGUUCAGUGAAGCAACCUUUAUAUCAGCAACAGAAUGAUAUAAGCAAGACUUGGAAUAUGGCACAGCAUAAAUGCCCAGCACUUAAUAAAGCGGAAUCGCCAAGACGAGGAUAUUAUCUGUCUGGCACCACGUUUGGAGUGUGGUUAUCAGAUGACAGAUGGUCGUCUUAAUAGAUUCGGCUGUGCUAUGGCUUCUCACCGACAGUUGGCAUGCGGCCUGGAUAUCAAAUUACACGCGGAUUAAGUAGGCAUGCUGCAUCCUAGACUCUAUAGAGAUACAAUACCACUCGUUAAGCUUCGAGGUGGUUAGCGAAUAAGCGCACUCGUCCAUUCAAAGUCUUGAUUAGUCUUUUAUAGGUUGCAUUGUGAAGGCUAUAUAAAUACAAUGGUUAGACUUGAACGCUCCAGCUCAUCCACGGAUGGAUGUACUGGUACAUGUGACAGAGUCUUACAGACCAGAAUGUAGCCGGGCAAGUCCAAGUAGCCUAGUUACGAGAUGUGAAUAAGGAGCGGCACGGCCGGGAUAAAAAGGCAUACACUAGAAAAGAUAACGAAAGCACCACGCGUCAUGUUAUUCCAGAUACGGAUACUACUAUGUACUAGUAUGUAUGUAGUACACCCUCCUACUAGGCUCCUAGAAUCAUGUACCGAGGUACAUAGGUCCGUUAUGAAAGUCUUAUCGAUAGGUUCCCAC